AUGGUACUAACCGAAGAAUGCAGUGCCAUCAUCCAGCACAAAUUGCCCCAGAAAUUGAAGGAUCUUGGGAGCUUCCAAAUUCCUUGUAUCAUAGGGGAAAUCAUAGUGGAAAAGGCUUUAUGUGAUUUAGGAGCUAGCAUAAAUCUGAUGUCCUUAGUAAUGGUGAAGAAAAUGAGGAUUGAGGAGGCCAAACCAACAAGAAUGGCCCUGCAACUAGCAGACCGAUCAUUCAAGUUUCCUCACGGAAUAGUAGAAGACUUGCUAGUGAAGGUGGGAGACUUUAUCUUCCCAACAAACUUUGUAGUGUUGGAUAUGAAGGAAGGAACCAAGACUUCUAUCAUCUUAGGCAGGCCAUUUUUAGCCACUACUGGAGCCAUCAUUGAUGUCCAAAAGGGUGAACUUGUCCUAAGACUACAUGAAGAGAAAAUGAUAUUCUAUGUGUUCAAGGCCAUGAGUUACCCACAGGACUAA